CUUGAAGAUUCGAGCUGUUAUGGCUUCGAUGAAUAAAACUAUAAAAGGGCCAUGGGACUCUCAAACAACUUCAACUACACAACCAUUGCUAUCCAAUACACUCAACCCUAGCAUUGACACUCCACAGGACAGAUUAAGCCAUCUUGCUUCCGAGUCCAAUUCAGUACAGCAGCAAGUGCCAGGCAACACAGAUGAAGAUUUUGGUCGAGUCAAUACGCAUAUUCCUGUAUGGGUUGGUGUUGUACUGCGGAUCUUGAUUGUUUUGUUGCGUCCAGCAUGGGGACUGGCUAUUGCUGGCCGAGUAGAAGUAUCAACUCCUGUAACGAGUUUUAAACGAUUAAACGAAUGCAUUUAUCUGUAUACUCAUGGUAUUCCUCCUUAUGAUGGCGGUGUCUGUCACCAGGCUCCAAUUCUGAUUGUGUUGUUUCAAUAUAUACCAACUUUGGUUACUCCGUUUAUAUUCAUUUUGGUGGAUUUUGUUAUUGCUCGACUUUUUGUUCGCAUCGCAGAACACAAGAAAACACUUCAACUUGCUGAACCUAUACUGAAUCCAAGCGCUGAUCAAAUAGGAAGAGGUGUUGAUGUUGGCUCAUUGUAUAUGCUCAACCCGUAUGCAAUUAUAACUUGCAUUGCGCAGUCAACACAGCUGUUUAGCACAUUGGUGGUUGUCGCCGCGAUUCAUUUUGCAAUACGUGGCAAGCUGGGAUUGACUGUGUUUUUAUUAGCCACUGGUGCAUACUUAUCAGUGUAUCCUGCGGUAUUUUUCCCAUUAUGUAUGCUGCUCUUGGCAACAAGUAUUAAAACAUCGGUGUCUCGUGUAGCUUUUCGCGGGUUGGUUUUGUUUUUCAUAUCGUUAGGAGUGCUGUUGUAUGCUUCAUUUUUGAUGCUUAAUGAUUGGAAAUUUUUAGAAUCUACUUAUGGCACAAUCGUGUUUGUCACAGAUCUGACACCCAAUCUUGGAUUGUUUUGGUACUUUUUUAUCGAAGUAUUUGAUCAAUUUCGGACGUUUUUCCUUGCCGUGUUUCAUAUUACGGCCAUUAUUUUCAUAAUGCCAGUGACUUUGCGACUGAGGAAACAUCCUUUAUUCGUAGCUUUCAUGCUUGCAGGAUUUUCAGCUCUGUUUAAAUCAUAUCCAUCUAUAGCCGAUUCGUCACUUUUCAUCUCACUCUCUGCGCUUUAUCCAGAAGUCUUCAAAUACGCGCGAAACACAUUUUUUGCUGUCAAUGCUCUUCUUUAUGCGUCAGUCCUAGGCCCACUGUUUUUCAAUCUGUGGAUCUACUCUGGUGCAGGCAAUGCCAACUUUUUCUAUGCCAUCACGCUAGUCUUUGCACUAGCACAGGUGAUGUACCUUGUGGAUUUCUCAUUUGCAAUGCUGAGACGAGAAUGGGAAAAAAUGAAUCCAGGAUGGAGACGAAUGCGACUAGAAAUUGCACAAAUUUGAAACUGGAAAUAAACAUGGUUUUAUGUUUAGGU